AUGAAAACCUUAAAAGAAGAAGCUUUUAGAAAUAUUAAUGAACGUUUCAAUUUUGAUUUCUGUAAUUUAAAAACAUCUUUCAUUCAAAUUAAGAUUAUAAUUAACAAUAAAACCUUUUUCUAUAACAUUAUAUAUUCUCUUUUACAAAUACUAUUGUAUCUGUUUAUAUUGUUUGAAUUUUUAAGUGUUUAUUAA